AUGGCUUUAGCUUUGUGCGCUGUACGCAGGUCAGCAUCUAAGUUUGCUUCCGUGUGUGGUGGUCGAGUCGGAGUUAUCUCCACCGUUGUGAACCGUCCGUCUCUAGCUCUCAACCCAUCACAGCUGCGUCCCUUCGCCUCUAGUAGCUCACACUACCCGAAGGUUAUUGAUCAUUUUAUCUCUGAGCAAACGCUUAUCCUCGAGAUUGACUCCCAGAUCAGAUUUGCUUCGCAAACCAAUGAUAUGGUUAACGAUGAAGAGGCGACUCCAGGAAGUUUACCUUUUAGAAUUGAAGAUGAUGGAGGUAAGACUGUGACAUUGACUAGAGACUACAAUGGGGAACACAUUAAAGUUGUAGUAGGCAUGCCUUGUGAAUCUCGUGAUGUUGGUGUUGUUGUUGAUGAUGAUGAUGAUGAUGAUGAUGAUGAUGAUGACGAUGAUGAAUUAAGGAUUCCAUUAACAGUGAAUGUUACCAAGAAGAGCGGACUCAGCCUCAAGUUUCACUGCAACGUUAUUGAUGGUCAUAUCGACAUAUAUAAUGUAUUUGUGGAUCAUUCGGGGGAUUCUUUGAAAGAUCAACUGCCGAAUACUGAAUGGUCGUCUGAUGAUUUCAAAGACGUGACUCAUAGUCUGGAGAAUGCGUUGUACAAGUAUCUGGAGACCAGAUUGACAAAAGACACAACGAAUUUUUUGUAUGAGUACAUGACGACGAACAAGCGACGCCAGUUGUUUUGGUUGAAGGAUGUCAAGAAGUUUUUGGUUGAUGCAAGUUAA